UUAAUUGUACAACACCCCACCCAUCCAUCGUUGUGAUAAGUAAAUACUUAUGCAUCAUGACAAAUAAUUGUGGAAACUCAUCCAUUUGCAUAUGUACUUAUGUAUAACAUAGCAACAAAUGUUAUCCUUUUCUAAUUGUAAUCAUCUAUCCAGGUAAAAUUAGAUUUAGGAAUUAAUAAUUCGCAUCUUAAUUUGUUUACUACUUGUCAAAUGAAAGAUUGGUUAUUAGUUGGCAUAUGUACAUACAUUUCUCAAUCCGCAGAUUCAAUGCGAUAAGCUUUCAUGGGGGGCAUCUUUAACGGCAAAUGUCAACUUCGACAUGAAAUGUUGGUCAAUUAAGGACGCUAAUCACAAAAAUAAAGUAUUACAUCUUGUGGAUAAUUUCUUAGUAUCACCAAAAUCAUUUCCAAAUAUUCGUGGGUGGUAGAAUUUAUUGUUGUACAUACAUAAACCUGCUGCCUGACAUAUUGACAUUUGCACCCAUGACCCCCAACUAUUCUUGCUAAACUUGGUUGUUAAGCUAAUUACGCACAUUUCAAAGUGUCUAAAUGUCAAUAUUUCGUACAUACAUAUAUCUACCUACUAUUUACUACUACGUUUCCAAGUGCUCAGUGCCAUUGCUGGAAUGUAUGUAGUAUUUUACCAAUUAGGGACAAUACAAUAUUCGUACACAAUAGCAGUUGAACUUCAUUCUCAUAAUGCACCUAUAUACGUAAGCGUGUAGUAAUAUUUCAAAUGUAUUGGCCUCACAAUUCGCAUAAAAAAUGUACGCCCCUAAUUGAAGCUAAUCACGCGAAGCGAUCAAGUUGCAUCUGCUUUUUAAACAACUUUUCUCCCUCAGUUAUUCCUAUUACAUCAUCGACAAUGUCCCCACAUAUUCCAAAUCUCCUCGGUGCCCCCACAAUUCUAAGCACACACCACUUAUUUACGCAAACUUUAAUAGAAUCCGUUCUAAACUUGAGAUCUGCAGAUUUUUAUGGAUUUACCGGCCCCAUGGUAGAGCGAAAUCAUACACUUCCAGGCAUCGCAAAAAUUGCUGCAGAAUUUUCCAAAAUAUGCAAUUUCACACCGGUAGUCGUAGACUUGCAAGAAUUUGAAACAAAUGGGAUAGACUUGACCAAAUACCGUGGCGCUGUGGUGCCCUUCGUGGUGCAGAAUAUUAUAACUGCGACACAAAAUUGUUGUCAAACUGUGACGAAUACUACGGUCUCACUUUCAUUUUAUCACAAAUUCAAUUUUGCAUACUGUGACUUUAAUCGGGAAAUAAUUCCUAACGAUUUGUCACUCUUGUUGUACCCAUUUGACCCGAAAACGUGGAUGUACCUGCUCCUGCUUUCAGUCCUGCUUGCAUUCUACUUUUUGAUUGCUGAUAGGAAAGAGGUGUCAAAGUUUGAAUCCAUUUACACCAUUUUUGCGGCGUAUCUCCUCUUUUACUGGCCAAGCAGAGGGACGCAAAAGUCGAAGCUUAUCGUCCUCUGGUUUAUGGCUUGUAUCGUGUUGAACACAAUUUACAGCGGGGUACUUACAAGCCUCCUCGUCGCACCGUUACAGCUUGACGUAAUCAAGAACGUGGAGGAGUUGGCUGACCGGAAAUAUAAUCUCACAUUUGCAAACGUGGGUCAUUUCAGUUACAUAAUUCUGCUUGUGGGAAAUCUGUUCAAGUCGCAGGAAGCCGCUGAAUUGCUAAAACCAAAACAUAGCAAUGUGACACCUACCUCCUCGCCAGGACUGACGCUAUCCACAGCAAUCCUGCAGCCAACUUUGCAUGAAUUUAUCGAAACGCUGUCCACAACACCGGCAACAGCUACUUUUGGGCCCUGGGAGUAUUCUUCGUAUAUUUGGACCAUGGUGCAGGCGAGGAAUGAAGCCAUGAAUAAGAAAACUAAGAAGAAAUCCAAACUGCGAACGUGUCACAUUGGGAGGGAAUUGUCCUCGAAAAAUGCGAAUCCGACGUUUUGGAUUUUUAAAUUUCCCCAACAAAUUGAAAGCGAUAGCUUUGCGUACGCAUUUAAUGUAAUGCACGCCAGUGGGAUACAUGAUUAUUGGAUGAAUACUUUCUUUUGGAUGCAGGCCUGUAAACGAGCACAGGAUGUGAAUAAGUACAAAACUAUUUCUGAGGUGGUUUCCAGCGUUGGGGGCGAGGUGUGGCCGCUGGGGUUUGAUAAGGGGUCGGUAUCCGUGGUGUUUAGGUUGUACGUGGUGUGCAUAUUUUUGUGCGUCUUGGUAUUCCUGUUGGAAUGUGCAAAACGGAAGUUUGGGAUACAUUUUAGAGAAAUGUUAUGUUGCUAUGCGUAUUUAAAGAUGGGUUAAGGCAAGGAGACGAGCAAAUUUGGUAGUUCAGAAA